AUGGCACCCCAGCGCCCUGUCCCAGAACCUAUCGCUAUUGUGGGAAGCGGCUGUCGCUUUCCCGGAGGUGCUAAUUCCCCUUCUGCCCUGUGGAAGUUGCUGGAAAAGCCCCACGACGUGUGUCAAGACAUUCCGAAGGAUCGAUUUGAUACUACUGCUUUCUAUCACCCUGAUGGCAGCCAUCAUGGCACUACGAACGUACAACAUGCCUAUCUCCUGUACGAGGACCUCAAGGUGUUUGACACGGCCUUCUUCAACAUCAGUCCGAACGAGGCGGAUUCGAUCGAUCCACAGCAGCGCCUCCUCUUGGAAACCGUGUACGAGGCCCUCGAGGCUGGCGGCCACACCAUGGAGGCCUUGCGUGGCUCUGACACGGCUGUGUAUGUGGGAACGAUGGGUGUGGACUAUAACGACACCCUCCUUAGGGAUCUUAACACCAUCCCAACCUACUUCGCUACCGGGACAAACCGCGCCAUCAUCUCCAACCGUGUCUCCUACUUCUUCGACUGGCAUGGUCCGAGUAUGACCAUCGAUACGGCCUGUUCUUCUAGUUUGAUCGCCGUGCAUCAAGGUGUGCGGGCCCUGCGAUCGGGCGAGUCGCGUGUGGCCGUAGCGUGUGGUACUCAAGUCAUUUUGGGACCUGAGGUCUUUAUUUUUGAGAGCAAAAUGAAAAUGCUCUCACCCACGGGCCGUUCCCGGAUGUGGGACGCUGAUGCGGACGGCUAUGCUCGUGGCGAGGGCGUGGCUGCCGUGGUGUUGAAACGCCUGAGUGAUGCCAUUGCGGACGGAGAUCACAUUGAAUGUCUAAUCCGGGAGACAGGAGCAAACCAGGAUGGUUACUCCAACGGUAUCACGGUCCCCAGCACCGAGGCCCAGGCAGCGCUCAUCCGUCAAACUUACGCGCGAGCCGGUCUGGACACGGCAAAUCCUUUGCAUCGUCCCCAGUUCUUCGAGGCGCAUGGAACGGGUACCAAAGCCGGUGAUCCAAAGGAAGCCGCUGCAAUCCAUCAGUGCUUCGGCCAGCGAGCCGAUGACGAAGCGCCGUUGUACGUAGGAUCGGUCAAGACCGUCAUUGGUCAUACCGAGGGUGCUGCUGGCCUGGCCGGCCUCUUGAAGGCCUCUGGGAUUAUUCAAAAGGGCAUUAUUCCUCCGAAUCUGCUAUUCAACCGUUUGAAUCCAUCAAUCCAACCUUUUUACGACGGACUGAAAGUCCCCACGACCCAGAUGCCUUGGCCUCGGCUACCAGAAGGGGUUCCCCGACGUGCUAGUGUCAACAGCUUUGGUUUUGGUGGCAGUAAUGCCCACGCGAUCCUAGAGGAGUAUAAGCCGGCCAUGAUUGAAUCAACCUCCGCCAUUCAGUCGCAAUCUGCUCCGUUCACCCCAUAUAUUUUCUCUGCCGUUGCUGAUGCGUCGCUCGCCGACCAGCUCCAGGCCUAUUCCGAGUACUUGAAGAAGUGUCCCAACGUGGAUCCCUUGGACCUGAGAUACACGCUGCAGUCACGCAGGAGCCAGCUACCUGUCAAGGCUGCCUUCUCCGCGACCACAAUAGAACAGCUGACGGCCAAGAUCGACGACAAGCUUGCGGAAUUGAAGAAAACUCCCGGUACGACCGUCGGUAUUCGAUCUAACAACAAGCAGGCCAACCCUCAUAUCCUGGGCAUAUUCACUGGGCAAGGCGCACAGUGGGCGGCCAUGGGUGCACAGCUGAUUCUUUCGUCUGAAUACGUACGCAAGCGCGUUGGGGAGCUCCAGGAAUCUCUAGCUACUUUGCCCUCCUCUGAUCGGCCGCAAUGGGACCUCCAAGAGCAGAUGCUUGCUGGAGCUGAGACUUCACGGAUCGCAGAAGCGGCACUCUCACAACCCCUGUGUACUGCGAUUCAGAUUGUCCUCGUUGAUCUGCUGAAAACCGCUGGUAUCACCAUCGAUGUGGCCGUGGGCCACUCUUCCGGGGAGAUUGCUGCGGCGUAUGCGGCAGGCUUCUUCUCCGCCCAUGAUGCCAUUCGCAUUGCUUACUAUCGAGGUUUCUAUGCUCAUCUUGCCGGUAACUCUACCACCGGCCAAAAAGGGUCGAUGCUGGCAGUGGGGACUUCGAUAGAAGACGCUGAAGACCUCAUCCGACUCGGAGCCUUCAGAGGCCGACUCGCUGUUGCAGCCCACAACUCUUCAGCCAGUGUGACCCUGUCCGGCGAUGCUGAUGCUGUAUUGCUUGCUAAGAAGGUGUUCGACGAGGAGAAGAAAUUUACCAGACUACUGAAGGUAGACACGGCCUAUCACUCGCCUCAUAUGUUGCCAUGUGGCGACCCGUACAUCCGCUCAUUGCAAUCAUGCGGCAUCCGCGUUAAUAAAGAGCGAAAUACGACCUGUUCCUGGUUCUCCAGUGUUACCGCCAGUGACAAACCGAUAGAGCCCGAGGACAAGCUCCAAGACAUCUAUUGGCAGGACAACAUGACGAACUCGGUUCUUUUCUGCGAUGCUUCCAAGAAUGCCGUCGCAAGUGAUCCACAGCUGGCGCUCGCGAUUGAAAUCGGACCUCACCCUGCCCUCAAGGGCCCAGCCGUGCAGAAUAUCUCGGACGUUUGCUCAAACCCUCUGCCGUACACGAGUCUACUGAGCCGUGGCAAAGACGAUGUCGAGGCUGUAUCCGAUGCGCUCGGCUUUAUUUGGACACAUCUUGGGGAGUCCGGGAUUGACUUCCAGUCUUUCGAAACAGUUGUGUCUGGACGUGCAUCACAGCCAAAGCUACUGGCUGGCCUGCCGUCCUAUCGUUGGAAUCACGGCCGAACACAUUGGCAUGAAUCACGCCGAUCACGAAAAAUGCGCGGCCGCAAGCAAGCCUUCCACGAAAUUCUCGGUGUUUUGUCGCCCGACUCAACGCCGCGGGACAUGCGUUGGACGAACGUGCUCAAAGUAUCCGAGAUCCCAUGGCUCGAAGGGCAUCAGUUACAGAGCCAAACCGUCUUCCCUGCGGCGGGGUACGUCGCCAUGGCAUUCGAAGCAACCAAAAGUCUUGCUUCAAACAAGACUGUUCAAUUCAUUGAACUGAACAAUCUGAACAUUCCGCGGGCCAUCACUUUUGAGGAAGAUGGAAAUACAGGGGUCGAGACACUGGUGACUUUGACGGCUAUUUCCUCCAACAACGCAGCCACGACGGCUGAUUUCUCGUGCUACUCGGCUCCAACAUCAGCAGUUGAUCAAGAGAUGGAACUGAUGGCGAGCGGUUCUGUCAGAAUUGUCUUCGGCCCUUCUGGCGUCUCCACUCUCUGUUCCACCCCUCUGGCGGAGUAUAACAUGUCUAUGAUUGAUGCUGACAGCUUCUACGCCUCACUAGGUAAUCUCGGGUAUGGAUAUCACGGUCCAUUCCGGGGGAUGUCGUCAUUGAAGCGACGGCUGAACAGGUCUUCAGUCAUGGUAGAAACAUACAACUACACAGAUGAAGAUUCUUCGGUGUAUGUCGUUCAUCCUACCAUGCUGGACGUCGCUUUCCAAGCAUCAAUGCUCGCCUACUCAGCCCCCGAGGAUGAGCGCCUCUGGUCACUCCAUGUCCCAACAUCAAUUAGGAGCAUUCGAGUUAACCCGGAGCUGUGCUCCGCAUUGCCAACGUGUGGGUCGCAGGUGCCCGUAUACGCAGCUCUAGACGACUCGGAAUCAUUCAGUGCGAGCAUUGACAUAUUCGACCAACAUGGCAAGCACGCUAUGAUCCAAGUUGAGGAUCUGACCAUCAAGCCCUUCGCACCGGCCACUGAGGCGGACGAUCGUCGUCUGUUUUCACGCAUAAAAUUCGACGUCGCAUCCCCAGACGGGUCCUCUGUCGUGAGUGGCGUCCGCCCAUCCACAAAGGAGAACCACUUGGCCACCGUCUGUGAAAGAAUCUCUUAUUACUAUGUCCGGAAAUGGAGAUCAGAGAUCAGUGAAGCGGAGUGGGCGAACGGCCAGCCUCAUCACCUGAGACUUCGGGACUAUGUAAACCAUAUAUUCGACACCGCUUCGAGCGGAAAGCACCCUUGUGUCAAGAAGGAAUGGUCAGAAGAUACCAAGGAAGAAAUCGAAGCGCUGAUCAGCCGAUUCUCGGACGACAUUGAUGUCAAGCUUCUGUCGGCGGUUGGUGAGAAUAUCCCUGCUGCCGUGCGAGGAGAGACGACGAUCUUGGAACAUAUGCUUCCGAACAACAUGCUGGACGACUUCUACAAAAAAGGUCUUGGCUUUGAAAGAUAUAAUUCCUUCUUGGCUAGUACGAUGAAGCAGCUGAUACAUCGCUAUCCCCACGCCAGGAUUCUCGAAAUAGGUGCCGGAACGGGUGGAGCUACAAAGUCUGUUCUAGAAAGCAUUGGGACCUCAUUCUCCUCAUAUACGUACACCGACGUGUCAGUGGGCUUCUUCCAACAGGCCUCGGAGCUGUUCAAGGCGUACAGCAACCAGAUGAUAUUCCAGGUUUUGGAUAUUGAAAAGGCCCCGUCUGAUCAAGGCUACGAGCCAGGCUCAUAUGACAUUAUCAUUGCUUCCAAUGUGCUGCACGCUACCGCGUCGCUCCAAAGAACCCUGGAGAACACACGACAGCUUCUGAAGCCAGGGGGUUACCUUAUGUUGUUGGAAAUUACCAACAACGGGCCAAUCCGCUUUAGUAACAUCAUGGGUGGCCUCCCUGGUUGGUGGCUCGGGGUAGACGAUGCCCGCAAAUAUGCCCCUACCAUCAACCCCGGACAAUGGCGCACUGCUCUUCGCAAGACUGGCUUUGGGGGAAUUGACGCCAUCACCCCGGAGAUCGACACACUGUCUUGGCCAUUGUCUAUCAUAGUGUCACAGGCCGUGGACGAGCGAGUGAAUUUCCUCCGACGUCCUUUGUUGAAGUCUUCAUCUUCGGCCGCGAUUCAUAUUGAGAGCCUUGUUAUCCUCGGCAACGAGGGCCUCCAUAGUUCUCGAAUUGCAGAGGAAUUGGAGGAGCACCUCGGACCGAUUUGUGGCCAAAUCACUAUUCUCAAUGGAUUACCUACUGAGGAUGAUGCUCUUUCGCUGCCUCCGAUGAGCGUUUUCAUCAACCUUGUGGAUAUUGAGUCUCCAAUUUUCAAAGAUAUGACGGCCGAGAAGAUGGAUGGUCUAAAGCGGCUUUACGAGUUGGCAAAGCAUAUCCUCUGGAUUACUGUAGGUGCUCAAGGAGAGGAGCCAUACCACAUGGUCAGUAUUAGCUUCAGCCGCGCCAUGAGGCAUGAGGCAGGGCACAUUUGCCUAAGUCAUCUGGAUAUGUCCGAUCUCGACCACGACGUUUCCAGGCUCAUCGCCGAGUAUCUCCUGCAGCAAAGUGCGCUCGACGAGUGGCAGUCCUCGCCCAGCAGUCAAAACCACAAACGGUUGCUCUGGUCAAAAGAGCCGGAAGCUUUCUACAAUCGUGGACAGCUCAUGAUCCCCCGACUGAUCAACAAUCCCGACCGAAACGCUAGAAUCAACUCUGCACGGCGUGUCAUUACCAAAGCUGUGUCUCUCUCAACCUCGAACAUUGCCAUUGUACCGUCUGCCAAUUCGACUCUUUCGCUGGUGGAGCAGGUCUUGUCUGUGCCAGUCCAGGGCGACCAGAGUCUGGUAAAGGUCGAAAGCUCAAGUCCGACGGCGCUUCGUGUCGCAGCGGACACGUUCUUAUUCCUGGGCAUCGGCAAGGUUCGCGCCACACGGGAAAAGGUGGUGGCCCUCUCGUCUGUGAAUUCAAAUGAGACGGUUCCGCUUGCAAGUGUACCAGCCCGGUUUACUCAAUCGGCUGACCAGCUCCUCGUCGCUGUUGCAUGCGAACUUGUCUCAGCGUCUUUAAUCGAGACGAUACCCUCAGGUAGUAGCAUCUUGAUCCACUGCGGCAACAGUGAUCGCUUCUUGGUUUCUGCCCUGUCACGGAGAGCCGCGGCCAGAGGAAUCCGCUUGCACAUAACCACCGAGUCAGAAAGCGGUGAUGCACGAGAACAGGAUUGGAUGAAUCUGAAUGCUCGUAUGCCAAGACAGGUGCUCCGGCAGCUCCUGCAUUUGGCCAGGGCUACACAUUACCUCGACCUGACUGCCGGUAUCUCCGAGCUUAGCCACACCAUUCCUGCUGUCUUGCCUGCGGGACACAAGAGAAUCGAGCUCACUGAGCUGUUCCGGGACGAAUCACUCCUGUCAUGCGACGCGAAGGAAUUGGCUAGUCGACUGGAGGACGCUCUUGAAAGCGUGCCAACUAUGUCCGAUGCUCCGGUUCAAGAUCUGGUUGUUCCUAUUGAUCAGAUCCAAGGCCAUCUGCGACCAACCUCCACGACAAGUGUCGUCAAUUGGGAGACAACUGACGACGUCACAGUAGAGGUACGACCUCUCAAUGCACAGCGCCUCUUCGCUCAUGACAAAACGUACUUGCUUUUUGGACUCUCAGGCCAAAUCGGUCAGUCGCUCUGUGACUGGAUGGUGUCCAAUGGAGCCGGUUGCGUAUGCCUGACAAGCCGCAGUCCAAAAGUGGACGAAGCCUGGCUCAAGUCUUUUGAGGGAAGAAAUGCAACCGUCAAGAUCUAUUCAAUGGAUAUCACGGAUAAAGCCGCGUUGGAACGAGUCGUCGGCGACGUCAGGGCGACCUGCCCGCCCAUUGCUGGUGUCGCCAACGGAGCGAUGGUUCUCAAAGACACGCUGUUCUCGAAGAUGUCCGUGGAAACAAUGCAGGCAGUUCUAGGGCCAAAGAUCGAUGGCACACGCAACCUCGACGAGAUCUUCUACAACGAGGCCCUUGAUUUCUUUAUCCUGUUUUCGUCGUCAGCAUGUGGUCAAUCUAACUAUGCAGCAGCGAACGGGUAUCUGAAUGGUAUUGCCAAACAGCGACGUAAGCGUGGCUUGGCUGCCUCAGCUAUGGACAUUGGCCGUGUGGCUGGUAUUGGAUACGUCGAGACGGCCGGCCAGGCUGUCAUGCAGCAGCUGACGAGGUUUGGUCUCAUGGCUAUCAAUGAGCCUGAGCUGCGCCAGAUGUUUGCUGAAACCGUUCUGGCUGGAUAUCCCAAGCCUGAGGACAAAGCAGGUAUCCCUGAUGCUGUGGUGACCACUGGUAUUCGGACUAUCCGCGACGACGAGGAUAUCCAAGGCCCGUGGUUUGACAAUCCUCUCUUCUCUCAUUGUAUCAUUGAGAGCAAGGGCGUCCAGUCAGCCACUGCGGAUCAGGACAAGAAAGCCUCGCUCCCCGUGGCGGAGCAAAUAAAGAGGGCAUCGACAAUGGAAGAAGCCCUUGACAUUGUGAAAAAUUGUUUCGCCGCGAAGCUGCGUAUUAUGCUUCAGAUUUCGGAUCAAUCAAUUGACCAUGAUAUUCCCCUCGUGGAGCUUGGGCUUGAUUCUUUAGUCGCUGUCGAGGUGCGAUCCUGGUUCCUGAAGGAGUUGAAGGCCGACAUACCAGUGUUGAAGGUGGUCAAUGGAGCAUCUUUGGCCGAGCUAUGCGAGCAAGCUCUUAAGAAGUUGCCUGAGGACAUGCUUCUAGGCACUAGAGACGCAAAAGAGACGUCUGAAUCAGCUGCACCGUCUCCAGCGACAUCAACCGAGCCUCGAGCGGCAGAUUCUAGUACUGCCUCGAAUUCCAACUCGACUCCUGCCAGCGUUUCCGGGGACGGUGAUAAGACCACACCACCUUCUUCAACCCAGCUAUCCUCGAGGUCAACCUCGUCCGAGAAUCUCAGUGAAUUGACAAAACCAAAGACUGUGGUCAAACCGUCGAGAACACUCCUCAAAAGUGAGCCAAUCUCAUUCGGACAAUCUCGGUUCUGGUUCCUCAGGCUCCUCCUCGACGAUCAGACGACGUCGAAUGUGACCUUUUACUAUCACAUUACUGGGGAUCUGCGUAUCAGGGACAUGGAGAGAGCAAUUCGCGUUGUCACUGCUAGACACGAAGCGCUGCGUACCUGCUUCGUCGCGGACGAGACACAGGCUGACCGGGCUUACCAGAACGUCAUGAGCAGCUCUCCAUUGCAACUGGAGCGAAAGGAUAUUCACUCCGUCGAGGAUGUGGCCACCGAAUACUCUAAGCUGAUGCAACACUCGUUUGAUCUGGAGAGCGGCGAUUUGAUUCGACUCGUGAUUCUUUCUCUAUCGCCGACAUCUCAUUAUCUGCUUGUGAACUAUCACCACAUUCUAAUGGAUGGUGUUAGUUUCCAGGUAUUUCUCUCUGAUCUAGAGAAGGCAUAUAAUGGCGAGUCACUGGGGGCACCUCCGCAACAAUUCCCUGCUUUCUCGGCGGCUCAGCGCAAGGCUUUUGAGACCGGAGAGAUGAACGAAGAGUUGAGAUACUGGCAAGGGGUGUUUCCAGCUGGCGAGCAGCCGCCCGUUCUGCCACUCUUGCCUAUGGCUCGAACCAGCUCGAGAGUGGCCAUGAAGGAUUUCGACGUCCACCAGGUGAGAUACCGAUUGGAACCUGCCCUGGCGGCACGCGUCAAGUCGGUGUCGAAAACGCAACGGUCCACGCCCUUCCAUUUCUACUUGGCCGCAUUCAAAGCCAUGCUAUUCAGUUUCACCGACGCGAAGGACUUGACAAUUGGCAUCGCCGAUGCCAACCGUACGACCGAUGAUCUGAUGGGCAGUAUUGGUUUCUUCUUGAACCUGCUUGCCCUCCGAUUCCGCCGCCAACCGGACCAGAGCUUCAAGGAUGCCAUUGCUGAGGCUCGCAGUACGACCUAUGCGGCACUUGCCCACUCUCGGCUCCCUUUUGAUGUAUUGCUGAACGAGUUCAACGUGGCCCGCUCUUCGACUUAUAGUCCCUUCUUCCAGGCAUUUUUCGACUACCGCCAAGGUGCUCAGGAGAAGCAUGGUUGGAGCAACACGCAAUUCGAAUUCAAGGAGAUUCAUCCGGGAAGAACUUCCUACGACAUCACACUGGACAUCACAGACAAUGCCACAGAUGCCCUCAUUAUGUUGCGGGUCCAGAAGAGUCUCUAUGAUAUCACGGCAGCAAAUCUUCUACUAGAGACAUACGUUCACUUCUUGGAUACCCUCUCAACCGACGUGUUGGUUCGUCUUCAGGAUACGCCGCUCUUUGGUAAGAAACAGCUGGCCAAAUCUAUCACGAUAGGUCGCGGCCCGGAUUUGGUCUCUGACUGGCCAUCGACCCUUCCCCAUCGCAUUGACCAAGUGGCCCAGAGUAAUCCGGACAAAAUAGCUCUGGUGGAUGGCAUAGGUAAAGACUUGACAUACUCCGACAUGAUCAAUCGAAUCGAGGCUAUUGCCGAGGCACUCCAGGGCGCCGGGGUAGGUCCUGGCUCGCGUGUGUUGGUGUUCCAGACAGCGGCUUCGGACUGGGUUUGCUCUAUGCUUGCCAUCAUGCGCCUUGGAUCCAUCUAUGUGCCACUCGACCUCCGGAAUCCUGUCGUCCGUUUAGCAUCAGUUGCAGUCGAUUGUGCGCCACACGCAAUCCUCGCCGACCAUACCACUCUUGAAGACGCACCGCACUUGAACGUGCCUUCUGCCGCCAUAAUCGACGUGUCCAGCCUUGGACCCAAGCCGUCGACUCAUGUUCCCAACUGUGCACAGGCGGACUCGCCUGCAGCAAUCUUGUACACCAGUGGCUCAACGGGAGUCCCCAAGGGAAUUGUUGUCACGCAUUCCGGUCUCCGCAAUGAAAUUGAAGGAUACACGAAGAUGUGGGAGCUCGGCGCGGAACGAACGCUGCAACAGAGUGCCUUUACCUUCAACCAUUCUUCCGAUCAGAUCUACACUGGUUUGGUGAAUGGCGGUACAGUGUAUAUUGUGCCAUGGAGCAAGCGUGGCGACCCGAUCGAGAUCACCAGGAUUAUGAAAGAAAACGCAAUCACCUACACCAAAGCGACUCCGUCUGAAUACUCGCUGUGGAUGCAGUUCGGAGGCGAGAAUCUUGGUCAGUGUACAAAAUGGCGCCGCGCUUUUGGUGGCGGGGAGCCCUUGACCAGCAUUAUCACGCAGCAAUUCGCCAAACUUGAGCUUCCGCAGCUUCGGGUUUACAACUCGUAUGGGCCAACGGAGAUUUCCAUCUCAUCGACCAAGAUGGAGAUCGACUAUCGGAACAAAGAAAAAAUGGAAGAUGGUCGCAUUCCGUGUGGGUACUCGCUGCCCAACUAUCAGGUGUACGUGGUGGAUGAGCAGCUGAGGCCACUCCCGGCCGGUAUGCCCGGCGAGCUCUGCAUUGGCGGUGCUGGUGUUGCAGUUGGGUAUCUCGACAAGGAACUGACGGGUCAGCACUUUCUUGCCAACCCAUUCGCAAGUUCGUGGGAUAUCAGCCAUGGAUGGACACGGAUGUACCGAACGGGUGAUGUCGGACAUCUGCAGGAUGAUGGUGCCAUGGUGUUUCAUAAUCGCAUGGCAGGUGACACCCAAGUCAAGAUCCGGGGAAUCCGGAUCGAGCUGAGCGAUAUCGAGAGCAAUAUCAUUUCGACCGCGGGGGGUGUUUUGAAAGAGGCCGUCGUGACCCUCCGGGAGGGCGACCCUGAUUUCCUUGUCGCGCAUGUUGUAUUCGAACGGGGACAGGAGGUCACGGAUCAGGAAACUUUCCUCCAGCAGUUGCUGAGCCGGCUCCCAAUCCCGCAAUACAUGAUUCCGGUCAUUGCUAUCCCACUGGAGACCCUUCCCUUGACCAACCACUCCAAGGUUGAUCGGAAAGCGUUGAAGAGCCUGCCACUACCUCAGCGAACCUGGGGGACGCAGAGCAACGAAGAGCUGACCGGAACCAUGACGCAGUUGAAACAGAUCUGGCAGGAUGUCCUUGGAAACUCGGGAGUCGGCUUUGAGAUCAGCCCAUCCACCAGCUUCUUCUCCGUGGGCGGCAACUCCCUUCUGGUUAUCCGUCUCCAACAAUACAUUCGCCAGGAGUUCAGUGUCGAGAUCCGCCUCGUCGAGCUACUCGGCGCCAACACGCUGGGUGAGAUGGCGCGCAAGAUUGACGAAAGUAUCCAAAUCGAGGCUAUCGACUGGGAGGAGGAAACGAGACCUCCUGCCAUUCCCGAUUUCCUGAAGGACGUCGCUGGAGUCUGCGCCGGCCAGCAACAGCCCAAGACCUUGUUGGUCACUGGAGCAACGGGCUACAUUGCCAAGUAUCUUCUCCCCAAGCUCGCUGCCAGUCAGCACGUUCAGAUGAUAUAUUGCGUCGCCGUGAGAGACAAGCAAUCUCGGCUUCCUCGGUCAUCCAAGAUCGUAUGUUACGAGGGUGACCUGACUGCGUCUCAGCUCGGACUGCCCGACAACGAGUUCCGCUCCCUAUCCAGCAAAGUCGAUAUCGUCCUCCACCUGGGCGCCGUCCGCUCCUUCUGGGACAACUACCAUGUUCUCCGCCCCAGCAAUGUCCAUCCCACCAGGGAGUUGGUCAAGUUUGCUACUGCCCGCCGUAUACCGAUUCACUAUAUCUCCACAGCGUCAGUCCUCUCCCAAGCCGCAGGCGUCGAUGCCGUUUCCGCUGCAUCCUGCGUCCCCGCGGUCGACGGCACGAACGGGUACGUCGCCUCGCGCUGGGCCAGCGAGCGGAUCCUCGAACGCGCAGCAGAAAGCCUAGGCGUUCCAGCAUCCAUCUACCGCUUCCUUCCAUCUGCACAACAGUCACCGCAGGAGGCGGAGGCGGAGGUGCUGGAUGAAUUCGCCCGCUAUGUCGACGUCUCAGGCGUCAUGCCUGACAUGACCGGCUGGGAGGGACGCAUCGACAUGGCCCCUGCCGAGCAGGUCGCUACCUGGCUCUCCGAGUCAGUCCUUGCGGAUGUUACUAGCGUCCGAUUCUCGCAUUAUGAAAGCCAGGUCUCGGUCGAUGUGGGCGUGCUGCGGGAGUAUCUCGAAGAGAAGAAAGGUGGGCUGGGUCUGGAGAGGAUGGCUGGGCUGAAAUGGAUUGGGCGCAUCAAGGCGCUUGGGUUUGGCUACUUUUUGACGGCGCAGGAUGUCACGGUUGGUAGGGAAGGGCAGAAAUAUGAAUCGCGGAGGUAG